UUAUUUUUAUGUCUUUGUUGUCAGGUAAUGCAAUUAAAGCAAUAACCAUGUUACUUGUGUAUGAAACGUCUUUUGGAUUAUUUAAAUAUAAGUACAAUGAUAUUCUGUUAACCUGGCAUCCAGUACGCCAACAAAUCUGAUAAGCCAGCAUGUUGAGCUUGUUAUUGGGGAAGAUUAUUGGUGCACUAUGUAGGUCUAGAGUUAAGAUUUUCAUGUAAAAGUGCCCAAAACAUGUAGUUCUUAGAAAGGAGCAUAGGUUCUCCUUUUAGAAAUGACAAAUGCUAAGAUGACAUGAUGCUGUCAUAGGUAAAACCAGUUAUCUUGUACAUGAUGUUUUUUUUAAAAGACUUUUCAAAGACAUUAUUACAAGUGUUCGAAGUGAGAUGCAGAAAUAUUUAGUACACUUGGAAUCAAUAAUUAUUAUGGAAACAGCUACAGUACAAUACUGUUCAUGUACUUUGAUAAUUAGAAUACAUCUGUAUUUAUACAAAACAAAAGUGUACAUUGUACAAAGUAAGAAUAGUGUUUUCUUGUUUUGUACGUACUAAGGGUAGGAAUAGCCUGGAAAUAUUGAAAUGGCAUGUUAGAUGACCAUAAAAAGCAGAUUUGUACAGUUUUACAAGCAAAAAUAUAUAAAAUUGUGUUCAGGGAUUAAAAAAUUGGGGAAAACUUCUACCAUCUAAUAAGGCAGCAUAUUUGAUAACCAGACACCAUGUCAAUCCCAACGGUGCAGGUUAACAGAAUGUCACUGUAUAGAAUAUUUUAAACAAAUAGAAUAAAAUAAUAAUAAGGUAUCAAAGUUAUAAGAUUUGUGGGAUAAUGUAAAUUUUUCUUCCUGUAAAUUUUCCAGAACAAUUUGAAAAUCUAGUUUAGACUCUUUGAAAGUACAGAAGUUGUUUUAUUUAUGUAGGUCUUCAUACAUAUUGUCCUAAACUUAUAUUUAAAAUUUAAUUUGUUUACUAAAGAUGAAAUGUCCAUGCUUUUGGUUUCAGGAUUAAGUGUUGUCUGCAAAUAUGAUUGCUACUAUCAUUAGUGAUAUUUUGUGCCAUAGUUUUGUAUUAAUUAGUAAAGGAUUAUACUAAGGUUUUCUGUUCCCCAAGAUAAUGACUGCUUGGAAUGGAAAAAUCAAUAAAAAGUAAUUGAUUAUCGAGUGACAUUUAAAUAUAUUUGAAGAUAUUUUAAAAAGAUUUAAUUACAACAAAGCAUUACAAGAAUGUUUGGAUUUUAGCCAGCAUUAAAUUUCUCUACAUUAGAAAUAAAUUUAUACAUAAGAAUAUUUGAGAUUAAAAAAAAUUAUUAUUAUAUAUCAAAUAUCUUAAUUAAAAACUACAUUACUCAUUUAUAAGAGAAUAAAAAGAAUAUUUGAAUUUUUGUUAUAUGGCAUUUAAUAAAUAAUCAAGAUAAAAUUGCUAGUGUUAAAUAUUAUGAAAUGAAUCGCAAUAUUAAAACUAUGUCGAAAUUAUUAUUAUAUACUAUCAAAACAGUAUGAAAGGAAAGCGGCACAAAAAGAAUAAAACACAGAAAGAUGAUGCCAAAGAUUCAGAAUUAGAGAAAGAUAAUAAUUGUAAUAAUAUAAGUGAUCCAUCUGUACAAGUCUAUGAUUCUAAAAAUGUGCCUUAUGUCUCACAAUUAGAUUCUUUUUCUGAAACAGAUGAAAUAGCAAAUAAAAACUUGGUAAAUCAUUCAUCAUUAGAUAAUAAUGGAAGUAUUUUUUCUGAAAAUGGAAUGUAUUUAAAACAAGAAAAAUAUACAAAAUUUAAUAUUAAAAUUGAAAAAGAAGAAGAAAACAUUUUUGGCUUAGAAGACAUUCCCAAUAAGAAUUUGCAAUCUGAAAGCAAUUUACAUGAUUCAGAAGUAUCAAGUGUAGAAACAGAACCAUUAGAACAGCCAUUUGAUAAUUUCUCUAAUGAUUCAACAGAUAGUUUUUCUUUAUCAGAUUUAUAUGAAAAUAAUAAAGCAAUUCCAAAUUAUUAUAGCGGUGAAAACAUUGAUGUAGUAAACUCUCUGUCUUUUAAUAAAUGUGAUAAUGAUGAUGAUGAUUUAUCAGGGUCUGAACGUACUUUAGUAAUAGAUUGGGAUCCAGAUGAGAGGCUAUCUCUGGCUGAUGAAAAUAGUAAUAGAAGUAUAAUUGAAAGCAGUAGCCGUUCUUCUGUUAUCAGUACUGUUGAAGCCGACUAUGUUUGUUUUGAAGAUGACAUUCCAAAGAUAAAUGAAGAAGCUUUAUUUCAGCGUCUUGUCUUUAAAAAUCUUAGUACUGAUGAAGAAUCAUUACAUAGUGAAGCUAAGAGUGAUUCAGAAUCAAAUAAUAAAGAAAUAGUAGAAAAAGUAUUGGAAAAAGCCAAUAAUGAUGAUAGUGAAAAUUCAAAGAAAUCAAUAAUAGCUGAAAACUUUUGUAUAGAAAACAGUGAUUCAAAUACUGAAAUAACUCCAAUUUGCAGUGAGAUUAAAUUUGAUAAAGAUGAAACAGAGAAUGAUGAAAUUCAUGAUACUAACAAUAAAGAAUCUUUGUCAAAUUUCCACAGUUUAACUCUGAAAGGAUUGAUUCCUAUAAAAGAAGAGAAGUUUUCAGAUGAUGAACUUAUUGAUUUUGAUAAAUCCAGUUCAGUAGAAGAAUUUUCCGAAAGUAAAGCAAAUGUUAAAAUUUCUGAAGAUAAAUAUAGUGUUAUAAAAUCUUCAUCAAAAGAAACAUCUUUGAAAGUAAGAUUUAAAAAAUUAAAAGAAAAUAAUAAUGAAAAUCUAAUAGAAAUAGAUGAUAACAGGAAUAAUAAAACAAAAUAUGAUAAAAUAGAAAAAUCACCAUCAUUUUAUCAAAAAAAAUCUGAGAAUAAGUUAUGUAAAGUAAAAGAAAAGAUUAAAAAAAGUAGUACUAAAAAAACUAUAUUAUUAGAAACACUUGAUGAAAUUCCAACUGUAUUAAAAUCUAAAAGAAAAUCUAAUAAAAUCUCACAAAGAAAGAAAAAAAACAAUUUAUUAAAAAGCAGGUGGGAGAAUGUUCUUAGAUCUCGUACUAAAGAUGUAACUGUAGCAAAAGAAUUAGGUAAAAAUUUGACUGAGGUAAAUAAAGAAACUGUGACUGAAAGUCAAAAAUUGUCUCAAAAGUUCUUUACAAAAUGCAGUAAGGGGAUUCCAGCACCUGUACCAUUUCCUAGACCAUCUGUUCCUAUCACCCUAAAUCAUAUACUAGCUGAAAUAGGAAGCUGGAAUGUCAACUGGCUUGAUGAGCAGAAGUCAAACAUUGAUCCUCCUCCUGAUAUUUUUGAUACUUGUAAAGCCAGGAAACCUAAUCUAUCAUAUGUUUGUUAUGAUGAGUAUUAUGAUACUUAUGCUCCAUUUUUAAUGUUAGAAAUCUGGCAACAUGUGACUAACUGUUGGCAAAGAAGAAAUAUAAACAAUACUGGCAUUGUUUCUGUUUCUGUAUCAUCAUAUGAAAUUAAAGGUGAAAUAAUAAUACUUCACUGUAAAACUUUAUUAAAUGAUCAAAGCAAACUAAGAAAAAACUUUCCUUAUGUGGGCCACCUAGUCAUUUUAUACUUAAAUCUUCAUGGAUGUAUUGGACAGGCUCAAGUGUUUGGUUAUGUUGUAGAUUAUAAAGUUGAAGAUAUAGUUGUUGAUCACCAGUACAAUUCAAUAUGCAUGAUAACGCAGAGAGAAAAAUCAAGCAUUAUUUCAUUAAUUAUUAAAACUAAAGCUAGGGAAGGCAGGUUAAAUUUUGAAAAACCAAUAAGAAUAGAAACUGUUUGUUUAUUAAAACCUUUAAUUAUUCAAAGUGAAGCACUUUUAAAUAUUCAUAAAUCAAUGUUAAUAAAUAGCAUUCUGUGUCCUCAGGAAAGAAAUUGUACAAAGUCAUCCAAGUCUUCAUCACAUUCAAAAUCAUUGUUAGCAUUAGGAUCAUAUAAUAGGCAACAAGAAAAGAUCAUAUUGGAAUUAACUGAAGCUGUUUAUGAUCCAUAUCCUCAUAUAUUUCUUAUAUCAGGGCCUGCAGGUACAGGUAAAACUCAUACUAUAAUUGGAUUGAUCCAGCAGUUGUUGUGUGAAGAUGGUGGUGCACAUAAAAUGAAAUUGCUGGUUAUCACCCAAACUAACUGUGCAAUUGAUGAAAUUUGUUAUCGUUUAGUUAAAUUACAGCAAUUUUUUAAAAACAGUUAUCAGCGAGAAUUAAGAUUUGUUCGAGUUGGAAAAGCAGAAAACACCCGUCCCGAUUUACAAGCCCAUUGUAUAGAAAACUUAAUUAAUUUCAAUAUUGAAAGAAAUAAAGAAGAUUUACAGAAUAAUGAAAUUAAACUGCUUGCUGUUGAAAAUGAUAUUGCUACAAUGAAAAGCAAACUUCAGACAUGUAAUUAUGAAAAUGAAAUUUGUUAUGAUGGUACACAAGAGAAAGUGGAACAGCUGUUACUUGACAGGAAAUUUUACCAUAAAAGAGUAAGUUAUCUUAGGUCUAAAUUUCAUAUUGAUAUGGAGAAAACAAGAGGAAAAAUGAGAAGUGAAAUACUUGAAAAUGCAGAUGUAAUUUUAACAACAAUCCUAGAUUGUCGAUGUAGUGCUUUAUUGUCAAUAUAUGGUAAUAUUGGUUACUGUCGUUUUAAUUGUUGUAUUAUAGAUGAUUCAACUCAACUAACUGAAGUAGAAACUCUUGUUCCUCUGUUAUAUGAUACUGAUAAACUCAUUUUAGUAGGAGAUCCUGAACAACUCACUGCAAAUGUUUCAUCAGCUGUAGCUAGAAGAUUUGGUUAUCAACAGUCAUUUUUUGAAAGAUAUCAAGCUUAUUUUGAGAAACUUUGUGAUACAUUUCCUAAUAAUUUUUACAUUUUGAAUGAACAGUAUCGCAUGCAUUCAGACAUAUAUUACUUUUCUUCUUCAUAUUUCUACCAAAAUAAAGUCAUUACGCCUCCACAAGUCGAUAAAAAUCGUCGUUUCUUGCACAUGCAUUCUUGCAUCAUUUUUGACAUAAUGGAUGGUCAGAAUUCUACAGAAAGUCCUUUUAAUAUUUUUAAUCUUCAGGAAGCACAUUUCAUCAUACAGUUAUGUUCAGAAAUAUCGAGAUUUAUUAAAUGUGAUUGGAAUGCUGGUAUUAUCACACCAUAUGUUGGACAAUGUGAUAUGUUGAGGAAGAAUCUCCCUAAAGAACUGAAAGACAAACAUCAUGUCGAAAUAGGCACCAUUGAUUAUUUUCAAGGUCGUGAGAAAGACAUAAUAAUACUGUCCUGUGUUCAAACAAAACACUUAUCUAAUUGUACAUUUCUCUCAGAUUUUCAUCUGUUCAAUGUGGCAAUUACCAGGGCAAGAAAUCUUUUAGUAAUAUGUGGAAACAUCAAAUAUUUACAAGAAUGGCCAUUAUGGAAAAUGUUUAUUAAAGAAGCUGCUAGUAAAGAUAUGGUUGUUCAUACAAAAUCCUUCAGCAGUAAUUUAAUUGUACAUUUAUCAGAUAACAGAUAAUAACAUAUCAUUUUUGUUUUCAUUAUAUAUAUGCAGAACAUUCAAAUACUAUUUUCCUUUUCAGGAACUAAACUUUCUUCCUGAGCAAUUAGCUCCAAUUUAAGAUAAUAUUAUAGUCCAUGUAUCAAUAAUAUCAAAUUUAUGUCAAAUCUAUGUGAAAGUACCCAUAAGACAAAUAAUUGUCUUCUUACACACAUUAUCAUAUAAUAUCUAUUGUACAAAAGUAGUCAGAAGUAUUAGAGUUUUGUAUUAUAUAUAUAUUGUGUCCUCAGAAACUUAUCAGACAUUAUUAAAUAUGUAAACAAGAUAUCUUCAUAAAUGUGCAGCUUAACAAAACAAUCAAAUUAUUUGUCUUAUAAGACUGAAUAAGUUAAUUUCAUUGAAAAGAAAGCAGUAACUACUGAAAAGGAAAAUAGUCAAUUAUAUUAUAUACAUGUAUAUAGGUUACCAUAUCACAUAUAAAUGUAAAAAUGUUUUGUAUAAUUCAUUUCAGCUUCCAUUUACACAAACAUAAUAUAUAUAUAUUACAUACAUACAUACAUACAUACAUACAUAACAUACACAUGCAUAGACAAAAAUGUACAGUUUAAAUGUAAUUAAAGUAUUAUAUCUUAGAGUUUAAAUUGAAAAUUCUUUAAUGGUAACAAAUCUGUAUUUUGUUACAUUAAAAGAAUUUCUUCUUUAAGCUCCAAGAAAUAUUAUCCUAGUUACAUUUAUCAGUAAAAUAAGAAUUAGUUUUCAAUUUAAUUGUAUAAGUUGUUGCUAAAAGCUUACAUAGUGUAGAGUUAAAGUGAAUUAAUAAGUUCUUUUAAAAAGAAUUGAAGCAUUAAAUAUUUACUUUGUGUAAUAACAUUUGACCAAACAAAAUCUCAAUAUUUACAAUAUAAAUAUUUUAAGAUAUCUUGUAUUAUAUUUAUGUAUAUAUUUAGUAUAUUUGUUUAUUUCAUUUGUCUUCAAUAAGACUAUAACAUCUUAUAUUCCAUUGUUAAAACAGGAAAAGCUGCAUUAAAAACAAAUCAGUUUUUUCAUUCUCAAGUAAACAUUGCUUUAUUCCUACUUCCUUAAAUUCACAUAUGCAAGCAUUUCUCUGAAAAAUAUUUUCAAAACAUUUUCAUUUGCAUAUGUUCAAUCCAAAUAAUUGUUUACAAUUGCAUUAUAAAAAUAAAUAUUUUGAGAUGAAUCUUCUGAUACAUUUACCUGAAAAUAAAUUACUAUAUUACACAACUAUAUUACAAAAUCAGUUUACUGCCAUAUUAUCUUGUAAUUGAUAUUCAUUACAAUAUUUUCUAUAAGUUCUUCUAAAACAGAGUAUUUUGUAUAGUUUUUCUAUACAAAAAUACAUAAGUAUUUUUUUUCUAUACUUAUACAGUUCUGGAAUAAGAAACUUUUUUUCCUGUCAUGUACUUUUUAAUUUUCAUUAGUGUCACUGAUGUGCUGGAAUGAUAACUAUUCUGAGAUUAUUUGAAUAUUUUUGACACUCGUUUACAUUAUUAUUCAUUCAUUUUUCAAUUAAAUGUAUGUACUACUGUUGUGUUGUUUCAAUUGAAUUUGAAAAUUGUUAUAUUAUUUCUAUGUUUAUGUUGACAUUUUAUAAAAUAGAUAAAUGUGAUUUUUUUCAUUAUCAAAGAAAGACCAAAUUUUCAUGUGCCAAAUUUUCAAUCAUAUUUUUUUUUUUUUUUUUUUUGUUAUUUAUUCAAUAAGUUCCAAAUACUUACAUUGUGGAAUCAUUGUAGGAAUUAUUUGUAUUUACCCCAAAAAAUGUGUUCUAAAUAUGAAUGUAAUAUUAAAGUUUUAGACAGAUUUUUUUAUGUAACAAUGAGACUUCCUUGCUAUAGAAAUAACAAAAUGACGUGACAGCUAUAGCAUUAAAAUUUUCCCUUAUGUAAAUAGUCACUAAGCAACAAUUUGAUUUUUUAUGAAAAUAAAUGUUUUAA